AUGCUUCUUUCCAUUUGGACUACCCUUUUGGUGGCCGUCAGUGGAAUUCAGAUCCCGUUCACGUUGGAUACUGGUGACACUGACUAUGUCAAGCCCCACUAUUCCCUUGUCGAUGAGGCGCUCCACCCCAUUGACCUCAGUCAGUAUGCUGAUGAGAUUGUGCUACGAGCACGCAAAACGCCCGAAUUGCUUCGCUUUUUGAGAAACGAAAACUUCACCAUUUGGGCAAACAAUGCUGUUGAAAGCACAAUUGACUUUCAGCUCCCAGCUCUUGCUGCUAGCCACGUUCUUCUGCGAUUUGCUCUUUCCGAUGCCAGGGUCAUUAUCAAAGACUUGGCUCAGGCAGUGUUCGAGCUGUACCCAGAAGAAUACUCCGGUAAACAAUUUGGUGAGUAUUCUGCAGAAUCUGCGCAAUCGUUCGAAGACUAUGCUGCUCUCUUGUUUGAAACGCUAUCCAAAAAGGAGGCUGUAGCUGCAGCCACAGACAUGUUUUUCAAGCUGUACCGGUCACUCGAUACCAUUAACAUGUGGCUUGAUAUGCUUGCCCAGACAUAUCCGGAGAUAAUGCUUCUCGAGAAUAUCGGUCAGACAUUCGAGGAUAGACCAUUGAGAUUAGUUCAUAUAUCGGUUCCUUCUCCUGAUUAUCCCGAGGAGAAGAAGCGUACCGUGGUGGUCACUGGUGGAGUUCACGCCCGUGAAUGGAUCUCGGUCUCAACUGUCUUGUAUAACAUUUACGAGAUGCUCAACCACUACGAGAAUCCAGACCUUGUUGAUGAAUUAGCCCGUUUGAACUUUUUAUUUAUCCCCACACUCAAUCCAGAUGGUUACGAAUACACUUGGUCCACCGAUCGUUUGUGGAGGAAGAACAGACAGCAGGUUUCAGAAGACGAACAACACCCAUGUAAGGGUAUUGAUAUCGAUCACUCCUUUGACUUUCACUGGACUGAAUCAUCCGACUCCAUUUGCGGCGAGGAUUACGCUGGCAGCAAACCUUUCGAGGCUUAUGAGCUGAGAAUGUGGAAUGAUUAUCUCAACAAGACCAAUAUCAACCAUACUAUAUGGGGAUACGUCGACCUUCAUUCUUACUCGCAAGAGAUCUUAUAUCCCUAUGCUUAUUCAUGUGACCAGUCGCCUCGUGAUGAAGAAAACUUGAUCGAGUUAGCGUAUGGCAUCAAUAAGGCGAUUCGCCUCACCUCCGGGAAGUUUUACACUGUCCUUCCUGCUUGUAUCGACAGAGACUCCGACUUACUUCCUGACAUGGGCUCUGGCUCUGCAUUAGAUUACAUGUAUCAUCAUCGUUCAUAUUGGGCAUAUCAAUUGAAGCUCAGAGACACAGGUGCUCAUGGCUUUUUGCUUCCUGAUAAGUACAUUCAGGCCGUUGGUGAGGAGAUUUCGGCGGGUUUGAAAUAUUUCUGCAGAUUCAUUCUCGAUAAUGAGUAA